AUGCUUCGAAAGACAGCGGGAGAGGUUCUCAAGAAGAGUCCAAACGAUGUGGUAGUGCUCUCCGCAGUACGAAGCCCCAUCGCACGGGCAUUCAAGGGCGGUUUCAAGGAUGCGUACCCUGAAGAAAUCCUGAUGCCUGUAAUGCAAGCGGCCGUGAGGCGAGCAAAUAUCGAUCCUGGCCAAGUCAACGAUGCAAUGAUUGGCAAUGUUCUUGCGGAGCUAGGUUUCGCAAAGACCGGGCGCAUGGCCCUCAAUGCUGCGGGGUUCCCGAACUCCACGACUUUCCACACAGUCAACAGGCAGUGCUCGAGUAGUCUACAAGCGAUCACACAUAUAUCACACUCGAUUCUGGCUGGGCAAAUCGAUGUCGGGCUCGGUGGUGGUGUGGAGAGUAUGUCGCGAAACUAUUCGACGCGUGGAAUUCCUGUGGAUGUGUCGCCUACCCUUAAGGAAUCACCUAUAAAGGAUGCUCCAGAUUGUUUAGUGCCCAUGCUGCAAACAUCUGAAAAUGUUGCGUCGCGGUAUGGAAUAGGUCGACGUGAGCAGGACGAAUUCGCGGCGGAGAGUCAACGACGUGCGACUGAGGCGCAGCGAUCUGGCAGGUUUGCGAAUGAGAUCAUACCUAUUCCAGUCAGAUCAAUUAGCGCAGGUAUUGAUGAGGAGACUAUCAUGAUCGUUGAGCGUGAUGAGGGUGUCCGUACGAACGUGACUGCAGAGAAGUUGGCAACGCUGAGUCCUGUGCUAGAGAAUGGAUUCAGUACUGCUGGGAACUCGUCGCAAAUCUCCGAUGGUGCUUCGAGCACCAUACUCGCUCGCCGCUCUUGGGCUGAUGCCCGUGGAUUGGAGCCAAUUGCACGGUUUGCCGGCACCCAAGUUGCUGGCUGUGCCCCCGAUGAGAUGGGGAUCGGGCCCGUUCUCGCUAUUCAGAAUCUUUACAAGUAUCUAGGGAUUGAAAACAAGGACAUUGACAUUGUGGAGAUGAAUGAAGCCUUUGCAAGCCAGUCGAUUUACUGCAUCCGUGAGCUUGGUCUGGACAUGAGCAAGGUCAACCCAAAUGGUGGUGCCAUUGCUCUUGGACACCCUGUUGGGGCGACAGGUGCUAGACAGGUCGCUACGCUUCUUUCUGAGCUCCGAAGACAAGAUAAAGAAAUGGGUAUUGUGAGCAUGUGUGCUAGUACCGGUAUGGGGGUGGCAUCUCUCUUUAUUCGCGAGUAA